GGGCGCCUCGCUUGCCGGCGCAGCCUUGGCUCUUUGCAGCAGUGUGGCGGAAAGCCCCUGCCGCGCCCAAUUGGAAUUUGCUCGGCGUCGCUUUACGGCAGUGGGGCGGGGUAGGGAGCUCCCAAGAUGGCGGCGUCAGCAUCGCCCUUUAGCGGAGUGCUGCAAUUGACGGACCUGGACGACUAUAUCGGGCCCUCGCAGGAUUGCAUAAAACCCAUCAAAGUUGAGAAGAAAGUUGGGAAAACAGCUGCAAAGAUCCGCAUUGGAGAUGAUGGGACUUAUUUUCAAGAUGACCAGGAUGGUGGGUCACAGAAGCUUGAAAAGGCCAAAAUCACCCUAAAUGACUGUUUGGCGUGCAGUGGCUGCGUCACGUCAGCGGAGAGUGUCUUAAUCACGCAACAGAGCCACGAGGAACUCCUCAAGGUGUUAAAUGCCAAUAAGACUUCGGGUUCUGCUCCCCAGAAGUUGGUGGUGGUGUCCGUAUCUCCUCAGUCUCGGGCUUCGCUGGCGGCAAGGUUUUCCCUGUCUCCUUUAGACACAGCCAGGAAACUGACGGCCUUCUUUAAAAGUCUAGGAGUGCACUUUGUCUUUGACACAACUUUCUCAAGGAAUUUCAGCCUGCUGGAAAGCCAGCGAGAGUUUGUGCAACGCUUCCGGAGGCAGAAGGGCGAUAAAAAGGCUUUUCCUAUGUUGGCUGCUGCCUGCCCAGGCUGGAUCUGUUACGCUGAAAAAACCCACGGGAGUUUUAUCAUCCCUCACAUCAGCACAGCCAAAUCUCCCCAGCAGGUGAUGGGGUCCCUCGUCAAGGGCCACUUUGCCAAACAGCAGUGCUUGACACCCGACCAGAUCUACCAUGUGACGGUGAUGCCUUGCUACGACAAAAAACUAGAAGCUUCCAGGCCUGACUUCUUCAUCCAAGAGCACCAGACUCGGGAGGUCGACUGUGUGAUUACUACAGGAGAAGUAUUAAAACUGCUGGACCAGGAGGGAGUGGCUCUUUCGGAAGUGGAUCCUGCCCCUUUGGAUAGCAUGUUUAGCAGCCUCUUUGAAGAGGAGCUGCUCGGGCAUUCUGGCGGCGGUUCUGGCGGCUACCUGGAGCACAUCUAUAAGUACGCAGCGAGGGAGCUCUUUGGGAUUCAAGUGGAAGAAGUUCGCUAUAAGACACUGAAAAACAAGGAUUUUCAGGAAGUGACGCUGGAGAAGGGUGGUGAAACCCUCUUGCAUUUUGCCCUGGCGUACGGAUUUCGGAACAUCCAGAACUUAGUGCAGAGACUGAAGAGGGGGAAGCUGCCGUAUCACUAUGUCGAGGUGAUGGCUUGCCCUUCAGGCUGCUUAAAUGGAGGGGGCCAGAUCAAAGCGGAAGGCGAACCCAGUAAGGAUCUCCUCCAGCGGGUGGAGCAGCUGUAUGAAUCGGUCCAGCCUGAAAACCCGGAGCUGAAUGGAGCCACCCAGGAGCUCUACGGCCAGUGGCUGGGUGGCCCCACUUCACAACGGACACGGGACGCCCUUCACACAGAGUACCAUGCAGUAGAGAAGGUGAAUGCCGCGCUGAAUAUCAAAUGGUGAAGAUGACUGGGUGUGUGUCAGCCCAGAAGGUGCUGCCGUCAGAUCGUGUCCUGAAGAACCCUUUCCCUUCCCCUCUCUGUUUCUAGUGGACAAAUAUGUAGCAAAUUCAUAUUUAGUACCAAAGACUGGAAUAAUCAUUAUUGUGGACCGAGCGUUUGGCUUUUUAAAGACAGCAGUGCUCAGCAGUACACUCCUCCCUUUCCUUCCCCUCUGAAGUCCGGGAGGUAGCCAACAUGUGCCCUUCAGAUGAUGUUGGACUCCAGUUUGCAACAUCCCUGACCAUUGGCUAUGCUGGCUGGGCUGAUGGGAUCUGGAGUCCAAUAAUAUCUGAAGGGCACCACGUCGGCUGCCCCUGGCCUCCUUGGAGGCGGGCCACUUGCUGGAUUGAUGUUUAUUUUCUGGUUUUAGAUGUACCUUUAUUUGCAUUUUACCUGCUGUUUUAAGAUGCAAGGGUAGAAUCACAGAAUCGUAGAGUUGGAAGGGGCUUAUAAGGUCAUCGUGUCCAACCCCCUGCUCAGUGCAGGAAUCCAGCUUAAAGUAUCCACAGAGAUUUCCCAGCACCAGCAAGCCCCUUCAGUAUGCCAGCACAUUAUGGGAUGUUGCCAUAAAGAGCGUCCCUUCACCCCAGAGCUUUACCUCCCCCCCCGUACCCCCCAAGCCAGAGGAACACAUAGUACUGACAGAGGCUGGUUUAGUGAUUGUCAUAAGGGCCAGCUAUUUGGGAUUUUGCAGCUCUUGGAAACAGCUAGUUUCUAGGCUGGAUGCCUGUCCAAAAAGAGGAAGGAUCUGGAGUGAGUUCUUGAGUUCAAAGUAUGUACACCCACCUUAGCUGGAAGAGUGUUUCUGCAGAUCUCUGUAUGUUUGGCUGUUACCCAGCCAUCCACGUGCAAUGAAAAUACCCUUAAAGACUCCCACCAGACGCCAACUCACUGUUGUUUCUGAAAAGUCCCUUUAAUUAAAGUGACAAAAAGUUGUUACAAGUCUGCAGGGCUGAGUUAAGAACUUCAGAAGAGCCCUUUGGAUCAGGCCAGUGCCCCAUCCUGUUCUCUAAAUCCACCCCCUGCCCUCCUUUUCACAUGCACAGGUGUGAAGUUCAUGCCCCAUCCUGUACGGCAACAGGAUGCAGCAUUCGAGCACAGCAUCUUAAAAAAAAUGCGCAGUCAGAAACUUAAAGCGGUUGGCCCAACUUUAUUGCUUCCUUUUCCUCUGUGCCCCUUCCCUCCUAGUCUUGCUGAAAUGGGGCAACGAUGGAGGCAGCGGGGCCAACCCAUGAGCAGGAGUGGCGUUGCGCUGCAUUGACUAUGGUGCUCAUCGCAGUGUAAGCUUGGCAGUAGCGUUUGAUGCAGCUGAAGGGCAGCUGCCCAGGGCGUGGGUGAGGCGAGGCCACCUGGGCUUCUCAUUGAGGAGGUGGGGGGGACGCACUGUCCAGCCGGGUGCAAAGGCUUUAAAAGUUGCUGGAGGUUCCUGGUGCCCAACAGCUGGCUAGAAGCUGCUUCCAGAGAGAUCCCUUGCAGCUGCUCAAAUGAAACGGCGCAGAAGAAAAGAGACUCUGGCCUCCCGGACGUCCUCCCAUAAGCUGCACGGGGGGGGGGGGGAGGGAAGCAGUGCUCAUUUUUUCUCUAGGAACGGAUCAAAGAGGCCCCACUCAAAAGCCAGCAUGGCUUGCGGGUUCAGCCUCUCUUUCGGCUUCCGGAAGCUGUCCUUGGCCUUGCGGAGGGCGGCAAAGACCUCGAUGGGGUCGCUCCUGCCGGUGAAUUGCUGGACGGAUUCUUCCCUGGAAUGGCGAGUUUUAUUCAUUGUAAGAACAUUUAUAUGCCUACUGUCUCUUGUGAAAAUAAUACCAAGGCAAUGCAAGUAAAACGAUUCAAUAUAUACAAUAAUCCCCAGUGGCAUCUCCAGGUAGGGCUGGGAAUGCCUCCUGCCUGAAGCCCUGGAGAGCAGCUGCCAGUCAGUGUGGAUGAUACAGAGCUAGAUGGACCAGCGUCCAGCAUAAGGAAUCUUCCUGUGUUCCAGCAGGAUAUGCACAGCAACUGCUUCCAGGAAGUGUGCAUAAGUGAGCUCAGCUGGAUGGCCCAGGGAGAUGGGCAGGGUAGCCAACCUGGGGCCCUCCAGUUGUUCUGUACUCCAGACCCCAUGAGCCCCAUCCACUGCAGCCAAGGGCCAGGUUUGAUGGCGCCCACCAUGUCUGGAGGGCGCACUCCUGAUUUGCCCACCCCCAGAGGUAUGCACUCACGAGACCCGAAGGAAAGGGUUGUAGAAGAACUCCUCAGCCAGGGUGGAAGGCACUGUAGGCACAUCUUCAUCUUCCCGUAGCUGUGGAGAAGCCAAACCCAGACUGCUCAGGUUUCUCCAGUGGACUAGCACCUUGAGCCCUGCCCUCACCCCGCAAAGCAAGAGACAGGUGUGGAGGGGUGUGUGUCACGUCCUUUCCUGAUUGGAUAA